AUGGAUCGCAAGUCCCGACGAGUCUCUCGCUUCGACCUUUUCCUUGCCUCCGCGCUGGCUGGCUCAGGCGGGCUUCCCCCAGCUGAAGAGGAGCUCGCCCGCUUGUCCAAGGCGUACAAGUUCUUCGACGAGUUCCCGGUGAUUGGCAGCUUGCGAACGAGCAAGGCGCACCCUGUCGCGUCCGAAGCGGCGCCAUUCUGGCUCGGGUUUGGCGGACCGGCUGAGGACUGGGACGCUCUGAUCGGAGGAGAAUGGCACGAUUGCGUCGGCGACUCUGUCGCGCAGCUUGACCCGAAACCUCGCCGAGUCCUCGACAUCGGCUGCGGUGCUAACGCAGGCUGGAUCCUCUCGACCGCUGCCGCGCCAGGGUGGGAGGAGUCGCGCUUCGUCGGUCUCGACCUCGUACCUGUCCUCGUCCCACCUUCGAUGCUGGAUGAGUCGGUUCGAGCGCGAGUCUCGUUCGUCCAGCACAACUUCCUCGAACCACUUCCCUUCUUCGACGAAGAGUUCGACUAUGUCCGGAUUGCAUGCGUCAAUUCGGGCACACCUGAACACCGCUGGGACUCGCUCAUCGAAGAGCUGCGACGCGUCCUCACUCCAGGUGGUCACUUGGAACUCCUCGACACCGUUUUCUCCCUCUACGCUCCUCGUCCCGUCCCUCGCGUCCUCCACGCCUUCGAACGCAUCGUCCGUCAGCGGUUCAUUACGCUCGACUUGCGCACGACCAUCCCGCCUGCGCUCGCGAUGAACGAGUUGCGAGGGAUAAGCAGGUUCUCGAUGCCGAUGUUGAACGCGCCGAGUCAGCGGCCUGGGAAGGACGGGCACGAGAUGAGCGAGGAUGAGGAGAAGGCGAGGAUCCUCCUUGCGGCUUGGUCGAGGCGGAUCGGCGCGCACGCUCUGCCACUCGCUCGAGCGGUAGAGGAGUCGUACGUGAAGGCAGGCGAGGUGCGGAGCGAGAGGGACAGGUCGACAGCGGAGAAGGAGAACGAAGCGGCUGUCAGAGGCUGGACGGACGAGCUGAACGAGAUCGCCGCGGUGGACUACCUCUUGGAGAAGAAGCUGGGAUGGAAGUGCAAGCUGGAUGAAGAGAUGGAGAGGCAGCUUAGCUUGAGGGUGCCGCUCAUCAAGGGCGAGUUGCGAGCGCUGGAGCAAGCGAAGGGGUCGGCGCGAGGAGUCAAGUUACGGUUGGCGGGCUGUACAGCGGCACCGGCGCAAGACAUCGAAGCUGCGCGGCAGCAUCUCCAGCUGCUCAAGCGCGAGGCGGAGCAAGACUUGUACGCCGUCCGACGACGACUGCGUCUCGUCCCACUGCCGGAACCUUCAACGAAGGACUCGCUCGGAAUCUUUGGGGGCGAGGCGUGGGUGUGUCAGAAGUAG